AUGGCUCCAUAUGAAGCUUUGCGUAGGGCGUUGGAGUUUGGCAUCGGCGACCACGUCUUCCUUCGUGUGUCACCAGUGAAGGGCAUCCUACGCUUCGGUAAGAAGGGGAAACUUAGUCCGAGGUAUAUUGGCCCUUUCGAGAUCUUGGAGCGCAUUGGCCCAGUCGCUUACAGGUUGGCCUUGCCACCGUCGUUCGAGGUAGUGCAUAAUGUGUUCCAUGUGUCUAUGCUGAGGAAGUAUGUCCAUGACCCUUCACAUGUUUUGGAUUUCGAACCACUGCAGUUAAAUGAAACCUUAGGCUAUAGAGAGGUACCCAUUGAGAUCCUAGCAAAAGAGACCAAGGUGCUGAGGAAUCGGUCGAUUGACUUGGUAAAGGUCCGGUGGAUGAAUCACCAAGUGGAGGAGGCUACCCGGGAAAGGGAGGACGAGAUCAAAGCCCGCUACCCCGAAUUGAUCGAUCAACGAACUUUCGAGGACGAAAGUUUUUGA